GAGGGGCCGGCUCGCCGCGCGCAGGCGCAGUGCAGGGGGGGCAGCGGCAGCUGUCCGCCGGGCUGCACAAUGGGGCCGCUGGUGGCCUGGGCGCUGCGAGCGGCGGCUCUGUCCCAGCUCGUGCUCAGCCCGGGGAGCAGCGCUGCAGGUGCAAAGUGGAAGCAUUUCACUGACCAGAUUGACAGAGCGGUGGAGGCCUACAGACCGUGUAUAAGGGAGAAUUGCAGCUGCUACCAGAGUGUUAGGGAACAAGACUUGGCGCCCUUUCGAGGAGGCAUCUCCAAGGAACUGCUGUCUGAUGGGGUUAGCCGAAAGCUUGGGACGCACUACCAGAUCAUCAAGAACAAGUUAUACCGUGAGCAUGACUGCAUGUUCCCUGCUAGAUGCAGUGGGGUCGAACAUUUCAUUCUGCAGAUCAUCGACCGCCUCCCAGACAUGGAGAUCGUGAUCAAUGUGCGAGAUUACCCCCAGGUCCCGAAGUGGAUGAAGCCAGUCAUCCCAGUAUUCUCCUUCAGUAAGACUUCUGACUACCAUGAUAUCAUGUAUCCUGCCUGGACAUUUUGGGAAGGGGGACCAGCCGUUUGGCCAAUUUAUCCGACAGGUCUUGGGCGCUGGGACUUAAUGAGAGAGGACCUCCAAAGAUCUGCAGAAAAAUGGCCAUGGAAGAAAAAAAUCUCCAAAGGAUAUUUUCGAGGAUCCAGAACAAGCCCUGAAAGGGAUCCCCUCAUUCUUCUGUCUCGAGAGAACCCAGAGCUUGUCGAUGCUGAGUAUACUAAAAACCAGGCCUGGAAAUCUGAAAAAGAUACUCUUGGGAAACCACCUGCAACGGAAAUUCCUCUAGUAGAUCACUGCAAAUACAAAUACCUGUUUAAUUUCCGGGGUGUAGCAGCCAGUUUCCGCUUCAAACACCUCUUCUUGUGUGGCUCAUUAGUUUUUCAUGUAGGGGAAGAGUGGCUGGAGUUCUUCUACUCACAGCUGAAGCCUUGGGUUCAUUACAUUCCAGUCAAACCAGAUCUCUCUGAUGUCAGGGAGCUGUUGCAGUUUGUGAAGGAAAAUGAUGAUGUAGCACAAGAAAUUUCAGAGAGGGGGCGCCAGUUCAUCAAGGACCACUUGCAGAUGGAGGAUGUCUCUUGUUACUGGGAGACUCUGCUGACUGAAUACUCUAAAGCCCUGACAUACACAGUUAAGAGGCGGAAAAGUUAUGAUGAGAUUGUCUCCAAACACUUGAAAACAGAACUGUAAAACCAUUGUGGUUCUCUUUCCAGUUCAAGGCCAGGGAUGGGUGGUCAAUGAAAAGCCCAAGGCCAAAGUAACUUCUGUUAUCCUCUAAAGCAAUGAUUUUCAACUGGUUUGGUAGACUAUGUCUAAGCGUCCAGGAACAACUUACACUGAAAACUGACUGACCAAAAUUCAUCUCUGUACACAGUUUUCCAAAGGGCUCUGCAAAUAAAAACCACUAUUCUAAAGCUACA